UUUCUUGUAAAUUGUAAUCGAUUUAUGCCGAUAAGUCGAAAAUCAACGUACGUAUCCCUAUUUCCUUUCUUUUGCAUCUCGUCGUGAUAAAGCCAACAUGGGUUUUGCUAAUCUCUGGUACUCUCAUCCUCGUAAAUACGGCCAAGGCUCCAGAUGUUGCCGUGCCUGCUCUAACCGUCAUGGUUUGAUCCGCAAAUAUGGCUUGAACAUCUGCCGUCAAUGCUUCAGAGAAUACGCCAACGACAUUGGCUUCAAGAAGUUGGAUUAAAUCCGAUUCUUUUGAUGACCAUACUAUGAAGAGAAACGCCACACCCCAACCAUUAGAAAGUAUUAUGGACUUUUGUUGCAUAUAGCAAAUGGAAUGCGUCACCAUUUUAAAUAUGGGCAGCGGGGUGGUUUUAUAAAUAACUAAUUUUUCCUCAUAUUGUUGGAAAACCAUUUUCCAAUAGUCAAUAAAAAAAGAAUUUCAAAACAA